AUGACCCGGACAGACGCGCCUGAUAUCCUGGUGUCGACCGUGUGUCAGGGCGUCAAGGUGGCCUGCGCCGCCCCCUCCCCCUCCGCCUCCCGCUGCCCCACAGCGCGAUGUGAGAGCCCCAUGUCGUUUUCCCCGAGGAACCUGCACCCCUCGCACUUCAACAAGCGGCACUGCCGCAGCUUCGACUUCCUGGAGUCCCUUGACGAGCCGCCCCCUGCGCCCCCCGCCAUGGAGCGGAUCUCCCGGCGGCCGCCCACCCCGGAGCCGUCCUCUGUCCCCGCCGGCAGGAAGGCGCCGAUGCGGGCCGUGGCGGGGUAUGCCGGCAAGGCCUGCCCACGCGAGCCGGAGGCCCCCGCGGAGCCGGCCGCGCGGGGGGAGCCGAAGAGGCGGGGCCGGUCCAAGAGCGCCCCCCGGGCCAAGUCCGCCUUCGCCCCCGUCGCCCUCCCCGUGCCCACGGGCUCCCCGCCGGCCCCCGCCAGGAGGGGGCGCGAGGCCCGCCGGGCGUCCCGGGAGCCCGAGCGAGCGGAGCCGUCCCCGCGCCGGGAGAGCGGCUACGCCUCCGUGAAGGCCCUGAUGAGCGAGCUGCACCCCAUCAAGCUGCAGCCCCAGCGCAGCGGCGGCAGCCGCAUCUCGCCCCUCUGCGUCUCGGGCGCCAACUGCUACGAGGAGCCCCCCCCGGCGGCGAGGCCGGCGCCCCCCAGCGUGCACGUCAAGCGCCGGGUGGACAUCAAGCCGGACGAGGCCGCAGUGAUGCAUGCGGCCCGCGGCCCCAGGGCCCCGCUCGGCCACGGGGAGGCCCCCCCGGCCUGGGCCCGGCCCCCGGCCCCCGCGCACUGCCUGACCGUGCCCGGCAGCCGGCAGGCGUCCGUGUCGCGGACCCCCACGCCCAGCGACACCUACAGCGGCGAGCACCGGGUGCUGGCCCCCUUCCCCGCCGACCUCUACGACGGCGGGCCUGCUGCGCCAGACGGGGGCUGCGUGCCCUUUUCCCCGUACGUGCCCACGAAGUUCUUCUAUGCCGAGGAGCCGGGCAGCUUCGCCCCGAAGGGCUCCGGCUACGAGGGGUACCCCCUGCAGUACGGGGUGCACGUCCUCCCCCCGCAGCCCUGCUACGCGGAGGAGCCCCCGCAGAGCGGCCUCCGCCCCCUCCCGGCCAGAACGUUCUUUGUGGAGGACGGCCGGAGCACCUUCCCUGCCCAGGAGGCCCCCGCCCAGGCGUACUUCAGCGAUGACCCCCGCUUCUACGCCCCCAGGACGCCCCCCGUGAAAGCCAUUUAUGCCGAGGACCCCCGGGCGUACCCUGCCUUCCGCUCCAACCCUAGAGUCUUCUACACGGAGGACUACGGCAAGUACCACGAGCGGGAAGCCAUGUGCAGGACGUAUCCGUACCCCCGCGGCGCUCCCCCCGUGCAGUUCGGGGACUGGUACUGCCCUGGCAGGGCGGCGCUGCCCUACCAGACGUGGCAGGUGCCCCACCUGCCCCCCCACCCGCCGGCCCCCCAGGCCAUGCUGUCCUCCUGGCACGCCAGCUACAGCGUCAGCCCCCCGCGGCUCGGCACGGACGCGCGGCACUACUCCAAGUCCUGGGACAACAUCCUGACGCCCCACGGCCGCCGGGAGGACCCCCUGCUCCGUGGGCGCAGCUACGAGAACCUGUUGGCCCGCGACCCGCACCGUGCCUUCUCCCCGGACGAGCGGCGCCAGCCCUUGGUGGUCAACCUGUCCAGCUCGCCCAAGCGCUACGCCGCCCUCUCGCUCUCCGAGAACUCGCUCAUCGAGAAGGUGCCCGCGGACGGCGGGCGCCACGGCUGGUUCGUCACCCCCGAGAUCACCAUCACGGACAACGACAUCCGGGCCAACGGCUUCUGCCGGGGCGAGAAGCGCUCGGCCAGCUGGGACGUGCUGAACGCGGGCGAGGGCCGGGACCGGGGCCGCGUCCCUGCGCGGCCGUACGUGCUGGACCCCGGGGCCAAGGAGAGCGCCGCCCGCCAGCGCAGCCUGGAGCAGCUGGACGAGCUGAUCACGGACCUGGUGAUCGACUACAAGCCGCCCCCCGCCGGCCAGCCGAGCGAGGUCAGCGACCUGGCGGAGCAGCUCCGGCGGCUGAUCAGCGACAGCAUGGCGCUCCCCGCCAAGAGGCCCGGCGCCUGGAGGGCCCCGGACCCGCACCCCACCAAGGAGCAGCCUGGCCGCAGCGCCUUCCACGCCGAGCUGCGCAAGGACCAGGGCCGGCACGCCGCCGAGGGGCCCGCGCCCGCGGGGGCCUUCGAGAAGGCGCCGGGCGACUGCUCCCCGGACCUCAGCGCCGACGAGGACGACGUGAUGACCUGCUCCAACGCCCGCUGCCGCCGGACGGAGACCAUGUUCAACGCCUGCCUCUACUUCAAGUCCUGCCACAGCUGCUAUACGUACUACUGCUCGCGCAACUGCCGCCGCGAGGACUGGGACACGCACAAGGAGAGCUGCGUCUACGGGCGGAUCGGCAGCACCUGCCGGCACGUCCUGCAGUUCUGCCGGGAGAGCGGGGAGGUGCACAAGGCCUUCUCGCGCAUCGCCAAGGUGGGCUUCCUCUCCCGGGGCCGCGGGGUGCUCUUCCUGGGCUUCCCCAGCGCCGGCUCGGCGGAGAACUUCCUGCAGUUCGGCCUGGAGAGCCUGCUCAUGUCGCCCACCUACCUGUCCCUGCGGGAGCUGGAGGGCUACGCGGACAACCUGGGCGAGUACGCCCGGGAGCUGCGGGAGGCGGGCCAGCAGUACGACCCGGACGACUGCUUCCUGCUGAAUGUGACGGUGGCCGUGGGCCAGAACGUCCCGGAGAGGCCCUCGCCCAAGGCGCCCGUGCCCACGGUGCGCAAGUACGCCAAAGUGGCCUUGGCCAGCUCCAGCCCCGAGAAGAAGGUCCUGCAGCGGGAGCGCGACAUGGAGACGCUCAUCCUGACGCCGCCGCCGGGCACGGCCGGCCUGGACCGGGCGGGCGAGGAGGGGCGCAAGGCCCGCGAGGUGUGCUUCAUCCACAUCCAGCGGGAGCUGCGCAUCCGCGGCGUCUUCCUGCGCCACGAGUACCCCAAGGUGUACGAGCAGCUCUGUGCCUUCGUGGAGAGCAACCAGCGCUUCACGCCCACCACCAUCUACCCCAUCGACAAGCGGACCGGCAGGCAGUUCAUGUGCAUGAUCAUGGCCGCCUCGGAGCCACGCACCCUCGACUGGGUGGCCAGCCCCCACCUCCUGGACGACCUCAUGUGA